UAGAACGGGUGAAGUAGUUGACGAAACAAUAUUUUGAUUUCCGCUCCCUCAGUGAUUUUGGUGAUUUUGAAUCCUUUUUCUCCUGCAUUUCCGGGGUUUCGUGGUGAACGUGACUCAUUGAAAUGUCGCGAAUUAUCUCGCGAAUCGACAUGGAGGUGUGUGGGGAUUGCGGAGCAUCGGAUCCCGCUUGGGCAUCAAUAAACAAGGGGAUCCUCCUCUGUGGGGAAUGCUGCUCAAUCCACCGAAGCCUGGGGCGUCACAUAUCGCAGGUAAAGAGCCUCCGGCAGGGCAAAUGGUCCCCGUCUGUGCUGAAUCUCGUCAACUCCCUGAAUAGUCAUGGGGCGAACAGUGUCUGGGAGCACCUCCUGAUAGAUUCGGCAACGCAGAAGCAUGGCUACAAGAAGCCCACACCAAAGGAUCCCCUGCAUUCGGUUAAAGCUGACUUCAUUCGUGCCAAACACGUCCAGGCCGCCUUCGUGCUACGCCCAAAUUUUGUGGAUGGGAACGUGAAGAACAUUGAGAGUGAACUCAAUAAGCAACUCCAUGCUUCCGUGAGGGCUCCCAAUCUUGAGACUUCCCUGAGGCUCAUUGUCCAGGGAGCGGAUCCAAAUUAUUUUCAUGAAGAAAAAGGCUCAACUCCACUUCAUGUUGCUGCAAAAUUUGGGCAACUAUCUCAAGUGGAGCUACUGAUAAUCUAUGGGGCGGAAAUUAAAGCUCUCGACAUAGCUGGGCAUACCCCAAUAGAUUUGGCACGAGCUGAAAAGCACACCCUUAUUGUUAAUCGACUCAUUGAGGCAAUGUACGAGGUGACGGACAGAAUCUGCAAUUUUCUCUGCAACCGCAAACCCGAUCACGCAGCAGGACAGCACAUUAUAAUCCCGGACCAAACGCAGGGAGAGAUCUUUGAGCAGCUCAAGAUUGCACGCGGGAAACUCUUCCUCAUUCCCAAUAAGAUGUUCGAGGAGCUGGUUAUGGAUCUGUACGAUGAGGUCGAUCGUAGGGAGAAUGAGGCCAUCUGGGUCACGAGUUCACUCAAUCCUGACUCCGGGGCGGUGCCGUUUUUGCCCACAAAUCCCCACCUGAGUGCCACGCGGAAUCAAGGGAGGCAGAAAUUGGCACGCUUCAGCCCUACGGAGUUUGCAGGAUUCCUCACGGAUGUCCUCAUUGAUGCCAAAAGGAGGCAAAAUAUGGCCAAUCUUCGACCACUAACCAACACCAUUACGGGUGUUACGGCAACUGAUAGGAAGCUCACUGUUUCGGAUUCAAAUCUCUCCGAUGAUGAGCCACUCUACGAUGCUGUUGCUUCCGAUGAUGACUACGCAGCUUUGGCUCCCAUUGGGCAGCAAGUCUACGGGAGUCCUCAGAUAAACAAUAGCGGUCUUCCUAAUCCCGAAAUAGACGUUCUGAAGAAACAACUCACAGAAUCUGAGACUACAAUAAGUGAAUUGAAAUCUCUGGUGCAGAAAUUAUCAACUGAGAAUUCGGAAUUAAAGUCGAGGUGUGACCCAUCAUCACCACCAUCAGAAACUAAUUUAAAAAUGCGCUCUGAUUCAAUGUCCACCGAUGAUAGGAUGGAGGAAAAGUCCCCGACGGAGAUGAGGCAGAACUUCCCAAAGCGUCCCGUCAGUAUGUUUGAGCCGCGUCAGACGAAUAGCUACAGCAAAAUGAACGUUACGGCGGACAAUAGGACGGCUACAUCGAUGUACCACAUGACGAGGCUCAAUCAAUCCGACUCGACGAUCUUCCCCACGUCAGAUGAGGUGAUUUGCCGCACUGACGCCAUCACGAAGCGCAUACAGGACCUCGUGGGUGCCAUGCAGGAUCUCACCAAGAAGAAUGCCUUUGUGCCGUGCGCCGAACGCAUCCAUGCUGCAGUUAUGGACCUCGUAAUCAUCUUCCCAACGACUUUGGAUAAUGAAGCGAUUAAGACAUCACUGUCGGAACUUACGAGCAAUAUUGAGGAAAUGCAAAUCUUCUGUCAAUGCCUGCAGGAUUCAGUUGUCACGGAGAAUCCUGAGGCGAUUGAUAAGUAUUUGCAGGAUGUACGUGCGUGUGCAUUUAAUCUGGCGAAAGCCACAAAGAUGCUCGUGACUGAGUUUCAGUUGCAGUAACUUUAAUGAUUUUGCCUCUUCAUCUCCCCUUUUUUUUAUUUCCUCUCUCCCAACCCUCAUCAUACUCACUAUUCGCAACGCCCUAUAACCCCUCCCCUCGACCUCGUUUUACGUCUUCGAUUUUUUUUUGGCCUUUUUUGAAAAAUCUAUAUUUUGCCUAAGAGAUUUUAUUGAUAAAACAACAUAAAGCG